CACUGCCUGAUGGAUCAAGUUUGAAAAGAAUGUCGUCAGCAGGUAUCACCUAGCAACGUGUUUGCCUUUGUCACAUGAUACGAGUGAAACCAACUUCCAAGAAGAAAUUUGCUCGAGCCGAUCGCGAAUCACUCCGUUGUUAAGGGCUGAAAUUGUCGACUACGUUCGGUCAAGAACGCUAACUCUUUGAGUUCUAACACUACAAGAUGGCGAGUCUCAUGCCAGACGAUUUUGACGAGGAGUUUCUAACGUGCGCGAUCUGCAUGCUGAACUUCCGGGACCCCAAAAUCCUGCCAUGUCUGCACAGCUUUUGUAGGGAGUGUCUGCAAGAAUGGGCCACCAAACAACAGCCGCUGGAGUGUCCAACCUGCCGCGAACCGGUCAGGCUGCCAGACCAAGGUGUGGACGGACUCAGGACCAACUUCUACGUCAACAACCUGCUGGACUUCGCGGCGGCCAAGAAAGGGGCGGAGCCAGAUCACGAAGUUACCGGCGAAGAAACCCUCAAGGCUGAAGAAGGUAUGAGUAACUUCCACCGUAAGCGACACUGCGACAAGCACAAGAAGUACGAGCUAGAGUUCUACUGUGAGAGCUGCAAAGCUUUGGUGUGUACGGCGUGUACCGUGGUCGACCACCGGCCGGGCAAAGAUCACAAUCCCGUAGAAAUCGCUACUGUUGCUCAAGCGAGAAAAGAAACGCUGCAAGGACUUCUGCACAGCAUAGACCCGCGUCUAAAGGAAAUGCAGGAUGCUGUGAAAGAAGCUGAUAGAAAGAUUUCUAUCUUGAUCCCUGCGAAAGAAGCAGCUACAGACCAAGCCAAGGCGUACUUCCGUAAACUUGUUGACUUUUUGCAAAAGCGUGAAGAGGUCAUUUUAAGCCAGAUUGACGAACAGUGCCGAGCCGACGGCAAGGCUCUACAGGCAAAGAAGGAAGCGAUAGAGUUCGAGUUGGCCGGACUGACGAGCGCACAGACCUUCUGCCAACAAGCUGUAGAACACGGAAGUGACGUGCACGUUCUGGAGGUGGGAAACCAAGUUCAAACAAGGGUGGAAACUCUGCUGACAAAAGAAGUGGACCUGGAGUCCGACUGGAGAGAGUUUCAAUUCGUUGAGACAACGACUAUCACGGACUUUGAGAAAGAGGCAAAAGAUUUGGGUGACGUCUAUACAAAGGUCGACGUUUCGAAGUGCAAAGUUUCUGUAAAGCCGGCAUUCCAGGGGUGUGAGUGCAUCACUGAACUGACGACACAGAGCAAAGACGGCCGUCUUUAUGUCACAACCAAUAUGAAGGACCCGUCCGAGAAGAAAGUCCCGAUACAACUACAGAUGAAGAGCGGGGGCUUGUGGGAAAUCUCGUACACACCUAAGAUUUCUGGUAAUCAUACGUUAGAGGUCAAGGUCAAUUCGCAACAAAUGCCAGGAAGUCCGUUUGAUGUUGACGUGAAGGGGAACCCCGUGUUGACUAUCGGACAGUACGGCAGCGGGGUGGAGGAACUGGACGGCCCGAUAGGUGUCGCUGUUGAUAAGAACGGUAACAUCGCAGUGGUCGAGCGAGGGAACAAGCGGGUUCAGAUAUUCAAUAAAGACACAGGUCAGCCUUCGCGUAGCUUCCCUGUUGAGGGUAAGAAUCCACAUAGUAUUGAUGUGGACUCCGAGGGGAGGUUUCUUGUGACUUCGUGGGGUAAAAAUUACGGACUAAGACGCUACUCCAAGGAGGGCGAAAUUUUGAACACAUUCAAGCCUGACUGUAUGCACGGCCCGCACGGCGUGACAGUUCUAAAGGACGGCCGCAUGGUGGUGGCGGAUGGCAAGCAGAAGUCGUGUCUCCUCCUGCAGCCUGACGGGAGCCUCAUCCGGGAGAUCGGCAAGGGGCAGUUACAGAACCCAGCGUUCGUGUCGGUAGACGAGUCACGUGAUGUGUUGUUUGUCACAGACAAGAGGGCAAACAAAGUAUUCGCGUUUGACCUUGACGGAAACCUGAAGUUCGAUUUUGGCAGACAAGGUGACAAUGAUGGCGAAUUUCAAGAACCAAAAGGUGUAACGAUAGACCCGACAGGCAACAUCAUUGUAAGUAACGCAGGAGACGGCCGUGUGCAGGUGUUCGCGCCUGACGGGACUUUCAAACAGAAAGUGGGACCAGUCAAAGGGAGGCAUGCCAGCGGAGUCGCUCUGACUCCUGAUGGUUACAUAGCGGUGGCGUGCUAUAGAGGACAUUGUGUAGAACUAUACAGGUACAUGUGA